AUUCAGUAAAGAGUAUACUAAAUUAACUAAUACAACUUCAAUUUUCAUUUUGUCUCCAGAACUGCUUCUGAGUGUGGAAAUUCUGGCUAAGUGUGGCCCAAAUAAAAUCCAAAAUCCUGUUUCAGUUACAGUUAAGUCUGAUGCAUGUAGUCUGAGAUUUUGUAAAAUGUUUUCCUGCUGUUGUUUUGUGUCGUUUAGUCUGAAGUCCAGAAUGCUCAAGUACGUUUUAUUUUGAAAUCUGUGGUCGGAAGUCGCAUCUUAGAUCCUGUCUGGUUUGACAGUGGCUGCUCCGUGUGUGUGUGUGUGUGUGUGUGUGUGUGUGUGUGUGUGUGUGUGUGUGUGUGUGUGAAAUCGGCUUCCUGCUGCUGCUCGGUGUCCGCACACCGUCCGUCUCGUCAGUGUUGAUCGGCUCGCCAUGGCGGAAGGACGCAGAGAACAGCCGCCCCAUCCUCUCUUCUCAAUACCACCGGCCAGCAAGCGACCCUGCCUGCGCCCUGCUCCCCGAGGUCCCGGCCCGGGGCCAGGCCACGGCAGCGGGUUACCCAACUCCCGGUACCGUUCCCCGGAGUCCCUUUUGGACUGCGCCGCGAAGGCAGUAGCGGAAAAGUGGGCCUUCGAGAGAGUAGAGGAGCGCUUCGAGCGGAUCCCGGAGCCCGUCCAGCGCCGCAUCGUCUACUGGUCUUUUCCCCGCAACGAAAAGGAGAUAUGCAUGUACUCUUCAUUUCAGUGCCGAGUCGCUGGCGAGGAGGGUCCGUCGGCGGCAACCGGUGGUGCAGCGGUCGCAGGGUCCGGAGCAACGACCGCCGGUGGUAGUGGAGGAUCUACCGCCGGUACGACGGCUACCGUAGGGGCAGCCGGAGCGGUGGGAACGGGAGACGGACUACCAUUCCGCCGCGGUAUCAGGCUGCUGGAGACCGGCUGUGUGGAAAACGUUUUACAAGUUGGGUUUCACCUCAGUGGCACAGUAACUGAACCCACCACAUCGUCAGAGCCAGAGGUCACCCAUAAGGUGGCCAUCAGCUUCGACCGCUGCAAGAUAACUUCAGUCACCUGUGGCUGUGGGAACAGGGACAUUUUCUACUGCGCACAUGUGGUGGCACUCUCGCUUUACCGGAUUCGCAAGCCUGAACAGGUGAAGCUGCGGCUGCCCAUCUCAGAGACGUUGUUCCAGAUGAACAGAGACCAGCUGCAGAAGCUGGUCCAGUAUCUGAUAACAGCCCACCACACCGAGGUGCUGCCCACCGCUCAGAAACUGGCUGAUGAGAUCCUGUCCUCCAACUCUGAGAUCAACCAGGUCCAUGGUGCUCCAGACCCGACUGCAGGCGCCAGCAUUGACGAUGACAACUGCUGGCAUCUGGACGAGGAUCAAGUCAGGGAGCAAGUCAAACAGUUUCUCUCCCAGGGAGGAUACUACGGCUCUGGGAAGCAGCUCAACUCCAUGUUCGCUAAGGUGCGUGAGAUGCUACGAAUGCGAGACUCCAACGGCGCCCGAAUGCUGACGCUCAUAACCGAACAAUUCAUGGCGGACCCUCGUCUGUCGCUAUGGAGACAGCAGGGCACAGGCAUGACGGACAAGUGUCGGCAGCUCUGGGAUGAGCUGGGUGCAUUGUGGGUGUGCGUGGUGCUAAAUCCCCACUGUAAAAGCGAGGAGAAGAGCAGCUGGCUGAAGCAGCUGAAGAAGUGGGGGGACAUGGACGUCUGCCCGCUGGAGGACGGCAACUAUGGCAGCGAGCUUCCGAACAUCACCAAUGCUCUCCCGCAGAGCAACCUCGCACAGGACUCUCUGUCCAGGCCAAGGAGAACGGUGUUCAGCCGGGCCAUCGAGGCCUGUGACCUCCACUGGCAGGACAGCCACCUCCAGAGGAUCAUCAGCAGUGACUACUACAUGUCUCCGUCCUACCAGAGGGAGGGGGAGAGCCUGCUGUUCAACCCACAGGGCCUGCCGCUCUGGCUAGACCAUGUCCCGACAGCAUGCGCUCGCGUCGACGCCCUGCGUUCCCAUGGUUACUCCAGGGAAGCCCUGCGAUUGGCUGUUGCCAUCAUUAACACGCUCCGCCUCCAACAGCAGAGACAGAUGGACAUCUACAAACACCAAAAGAAAGAGCUUCUCCAGAGGGGUGUGACCUCUACCACCAACCUGGAAGGCUGGGUGGGUCAUCCCUUAGACCCAAUUGGCUGUCUUUUCACCACGCUCACCGAAACCUGCCGCAUGGAUGACGACAACAACAUGGAUACUGGUGAAGGAGAACCCAGACCUCCAGUCUACCACCAUGUACCAGUGUGGGGUAGUCCAGAUGGUGGGGAGUCAUACCUGACUCUCGCCUUAGAGGUGGCUCUGAUGGGUAUGGGCCAGCAGAGGAUAAUGCCUGAGGGCCUCUAUGCUCAAGACAAGGUGUGUCGUAACGAGGAGCAGAUUGUUGUAAAACUUCAAGAACUGGAGCUGGAUGAUCUCCUGGUUCAGACUCUUCGGAAACAGGCCAUACAGCUGCUAGAAGCUGGUCCGUUCAGUGGUCUGGGUGAAGUCAUCCACAGGGAGAGUGUUCCCAUGCACACCUUUGCCAAGUACCUCUUUUCUGCCCUGCUGCCACAUGAUGCAGACCUGGCAUAUAAAGUGGCUCUGCGCGCAAUGAGGCUCCCGGUGCUGGAGUCAUCAGCAGGCUCCGGGGACGUAGGCCACCCUCACCAUGGUAUCUCCAUAGUUCCAAGUAGAUACCCACGCUGGUUCACACUGGGACACCUGGAGUCACAGCAGUGUGAACUGGCCUCCACCAUGCUUACUGCUGCUAAAGGUGACAUGUUGAGGUUGCGGACGGUGCUGGAGGCCAUCCAGAAAAACAUCCACUCCUCUUCCUUAAUCUUCAAACUUGCCCAGGACGCCUUUAAGAUAGCCACACCCGCAGACAGCCCACCCGAUAUAACCCUGCUCAACGUGGCACUGGAACUAGGACUGCAGGUGAUGAGGAUGACUCUAUCCACGCUGAACUGGAGAAGGAGAGAGAUGGUUCGCUGGCUGGUAACCUGUGCCACAGAAGUCGGUCUGCGGGCGUUGGUGAGUAUCUUACAGAGCUGGUACACUCUCUUCACACCGACCGAGGCCACCAGCAUCGUGGCAGCCACCGUCAUGUCCCACAACACCAUCCUGCGCCUCAGCCUUGACUACCCCCAGCGUGAGGAGCUGGCCAGCUGCGCGAGGACCCUGGCCCUGCAGUGCGCCAUGAAGGACCCCCAGAACUGUGCCCUGUCGGCUCUAACGCUCUGCGAGAAAGACCACAUCGCCUUCGAGACGGCCUACCAGAUCGUGAUCGACGCAGCGUCCACGGGGAUGACGUACUCCCAGCUAUUUACCAUCGCAAGGUACAUGGAGCACAGAGGAUACCCUCUGCGGUCAUUCAAAUUGGCCUCCCUCGCCAUGACCCAUCUUAACCUGGCUUACAACCAGGACACACACCCAGCUAUUAAUGAUGUGCUCUGGGCCUGUGCGCUCAGCCACUCUUUGGGUAAGAAUGAGCUUGCAGCCAUUAUUCCCCUGGUGGUGAAGAGCGUGCACUGUGCCACGGUGCUGUCUGACAUCCUGCGGCGAUGCACCAUGACGGCGCCCGGUCUUGCCGGCAUUCCCGGGAGAAGGAACUCUGGGAAGCUGAUGUCAACAGACAAGGCGCCAUUGCGGCAGCUCCUGGAUGCCACAAUUUCAGCCUACAUCAACACCACGCACUCUCGACUGACACACAUCAGUCCACGGCACUACGGAGAGUUCAUAGAGUUCUUGAGCAAAGCAAGGGAGACUUUCCUGCUGGCACAGGAUGGCCACAUUCAGUUCGCCCAGUUCAUAGACAACCUGAAACAGAUCUACAAGGGCAAGAAGAAACUGAUGAUGUUGGUCAGGGAGCGCUUUGGCUGACCUUACCCCUCCCUGGGAAGUAGUUAAACUUAUUUGUUUCUAUUUAAGGUUUUUGGGAUUUUUUUAAAAUUUUUUACUUACGUUGAGCCAUUUGUUGACUAAGUCAUAAGUUUUUGUCCCUGUUUUGUUUCUUGAAUGUGAACCAGGAAGUGUUUGCAGUACAUUGCUCUACUUCGUUGAGACUGCAAAAGAGGGGGGGGGCGGCUUGAAAUGUCAAAGAAACACCAACAAAAACAAAACAUUUUCCCCUCCAACUAAUGUUAAAUCUAAUAUAAAAAAAGUCAAAAGAUUGUCAUGACAAAAAAGGCGAAAGGAACGUUUGUUUUUCAGUGGCACAUGACGAUAUAAAAACCAAAUGAUUUUGUUGGAUGGGGUACAUACUUUGAGCCAGAAGAUGCUUUCAGCUGGGGUUAAGAAGAAGAAGAAGUGUUUUUCCAGUGGAAGAAACAUGUAAUUCCAAAAAAACCCACUGAGGUGGAAAACACACAUAGUGUUGCUGUCAUACCUCGACUGUAUUAUUUGUCAGCUUUAACUUCUCUAUCAGAAAUGGCCUCUUAUUUCAUUCAGGGCAUCUUAGAGUAGAGAGGGCAGAAUACAGAACUACACAUGUGUUGUCUCUCUGUAGAAAAAGUCAGUACCAACAGGUCUAAAACUUGACUAAAGCCACCCUAGACUAGCUCCUAUCCUCUACACCUGCUGGUCAGUGCUUUUCAUUAAGAAUAUCUUCAGAGGAAGAACCAUGUUGCUUCACAGAGUGCAUGCUCUCAAAUCCUAGCAGCCUGGGAGUGACAUUAUUCAGGCUGUUUUAGCUAAGGUAGAGUAGUAGAGGCUCCACAUGCACAUAUAUAUACAGUAUAUCUCUUAUGUCCUCCUAUAAGCUUAUUAACAGUGACAAAAUACAACUGUGAUGAAUGGUGGGGUCACAGUAUGCCCAUCUCUAGAGAUACCACUGCACUGCUGUACAGCUAUUUGUGGCCAAAACCUUUUGAAUCUAUAUGACUCCAGUGAUCACUUUUCACAUGCUAGAUCAAGAUUUAGUCAAUAAGCAAUAUAAGUCAUGUCUGCUUUGUUUUUAUCAUCUAGCGGCAUUAAUUUCAUCUUCUUGCAUUCUGUUAGGAGGCUUUGGAACAUAUUGGGACCCUGUUGAUUUCAGUGACUGUUACGUGUUUAACUCUGCCUGUAGCUAAAGUCCCUUUUCCAUUUCAAAAUUUUUUGUGGGAACUCAAGAAUUCUUUCGUUCCCCAGAACUUUUACACGAACCGAGAGCUCUACUACAUUUUAAGAGCAGAAAUCCAUUUAUAAUUUUGGUUCUUUCUGUCAUAGUUCCAACCCAUAAAAACCCCUGUCAGUCUAGACAGUAGUAUUUAUAUAUAUAUAUAUAUAUAUAUAUAUAUAGAAUUGCCGUAAAUUCUUGGGGUGAGGUUAGCAAUACUUAUCAACCAUUAACUCAUCAAACAGGCACUAUUUAUAUGAAUAACGAACAGCAUUAUCUGAAUUUAUGAUGAGAGUAAGAGGAAAUAAGGAAUGAACAAUUGAACCUGAAGUGAUAACAAGGUGGACUUUCUAUCUUGUAUAUUGUGUCAGAUGUCCUUUUGAAAACUUAUUCCAGGAAAUUUUAGUAGAAUUAAGCUUAAACCACUGAUAAGGCUGUGCUAAUUCAUAUUUUUAUGUUAGUAAUAAAUCAAAUAAUUAUGUGUAAUGUGAAAGGGGUCAUUCACAGUGACAAACACAGAGAAUUAUCAUUCGACUCUGAUUCAGCUUUUAACGGUUUUCUGGCAGUAAAUUACAGUUUGGUUCAGUCUUACUGCUAUUACUGUCUACUACUUCUCAAGUGAUGGAAGAGAGCAAAACAGAACAAAAAAGAGGGUGAAUAUUGGGCUAACAUUUGUUCGGUGUCCAGAAAAAAUGGCUAAAUGCUCAAUGCUGCUUGACAGGUAAAUUAGCAACUGUUUGCUAAUGGAUAAAAAUUUGUUAAUGUUGGUUUAAGCAAAAAGAAAAAGGUGAAUAUUUAAAACAUUAAAAAACUGUAGUAGUAAGUGCACUUCUCCCAUCAUGGCUAACACAAAAUGAGUAUGCUAACGAAACUUUUUGUGGUUUCAAAUCUGUUCUUGAAGUUUGAAGUUCCUGCAGUUCUUAGAUCUUGAUGGAAAAGGGUCUAUAGUUACUAAAGCUACUUACCUGUGAAUGCUACUGGUUGUGAUCACUCUGGACUGUGAAGAUGAGUCAUUCUCAAGGGGUUACAGAAACACAGUGAACAUACAACAAAUACUGUAUAUUUUAUGACUUAAUGACGUAAUCGUACAUAUUUGAGACCACAUGCCUUGGCACAGGAAGUUAUUUUUUCUUUAUGGGGGUUGUAUAUACCCCCUUUCUUACCCAAUGGCAAAGUGUUGUUAAUGGCAGUAUACAGUACAGCAAGAGCUUGAAUCUUUACUGGUUGGACUGGUCAUCGUACAAGCACUUCACAAAAAUACCUCUUCAGUACGUUCCUGCCUGCUUCAGCAUUUAUUUAUUGAUUGUUUAGUAUCUUUGUAUGAUUGAGUAGGAAUCGCAGACACACAAACAGAACAGGACUAUAGUUAAAAAAAGACACAGCGGAUGAGUCAGCCUGUUGAUGGCAGUAGAAUAAAAGACUAACGUUUUUGAAUGGAGGAACAUUUUCUUGUCUGCUUUUACAUUCCAUGAGAGCUACCUUCACCCACUACCCGGGUAGUCAGUCACAGCUCUGGGCCUUUUUUGAUCUGAAGAAAUGCAGAUAGAAGAAUGAAAAAAGGAAAAUUGAGUAAAAGAAAGAAAAGAGAGGCUAAACUCAGUUCUCAGGGACAUCACUUAAAGAAACAAAACAAAAAGUAGUAGCAUUAAGCAUUUAAGAUAUUGUAAAUAUUAAAGUGUCAAUUCAGAAAAUUGUAAAGUUAUAAUUAUUUAUGAUAAGUAUGUUAUGUGUUUGGUUUUUUUUCUUAAUUUUCAUGUUUUUUGUUUUUUGGCGGGGGUGUACUUGAAUUGUUUUGGAUGGGGGAACUUGAUGGCGUUUUUUGUAAGAGCAAAGACUUCAAGGCAUUUCUCAGGUGCUCCUGUGUACAUUUAUUUCAGUUUGUUUUUGCUAUAAUAACUAUUAUUAUUUGUAUUUUUUUUUAUUUUUAGAUUUGCAAAGAAAAAAAAAAUCUGUUUUCCAAAAGGAGGCAUGUUAUUCAGAGUGGAGGAAAAUGAGUAAGGCAUUCAUUUGUAAACAGAUAACGUUCUAAACCUGACUAUGCAGAACCACUUUGAUGGUCUUGUCACCUCUUAAAGAUGCCCUCUAAAAACUUGGGAGGAAGAGACACAGUGGAAUGAACCACUAUUAAAGAGAAGGGGGUGGGGGGCAAACAAAGACAAGACCCAGCAUGCUUGUAUUUGGACAAUGCGCAGUAGCCAGCCUGCAUUCACUGCAACAUUUAGAGGAGAAAAAAAUGGUGGAAAAUGCCUUUCUGACCGAUCAAUGUACAAAGUUUAUUUUUGCUUUUCUUCGUUGGUUUAUUUAAUCAGGACUCAAGCCUUUAGUGUCUUCUCAGAGGUGUUGUGUUGUGUGGCAGCACCGCAGUGAGACAGAACAAUAUACAAAUGUCAGAGUCAGAAACAGCAACUGUAUGAACAAAAGAGGCGGCCUGUGGAUGACCUUGUGUUCAUUCCUCAUUUGUUGUAACUAGUUUUUCUUUUUAUACUCUCUCAUCUCCCUUCAGCCACAAAACUGUGGUUCACCUCUUCUAUCUCAUUACCAUAGUUUCUUUUUUCUAGUUUUCUGUUGUUUAUCGCCUUGCUCCGUCUCUCGCAAGGAGGAUUUUGGGUUGGUAGCAAUGCAUUGACGUGUCACUGACCAGCCCUCACUGCAGCCACUUCCUCUGUUGUCCUACCUUAUAAAGCACUCGAGAUAUCAGUGCUCUGCAGCAGCCUUGUAUCUGCACAAAGUCAGCUUUUGACAAAAACUAGUAGGUUUUCAUCUUUUGUUGCUGUAAGGUUUCAACGUAAUGUUGAUUUUAAAAAGGCUGAAUUCAUUUCUUGGCUUCUACCUUAGCAUGAUAAGGAAGUUUUCUUAAAGCAUAAAUGACAGAGGGAUAUUAUUUUACCAGUUGCUUAACUUGGAAGCUCCAGUCAGCUGCCUUUAUGUGAUGCAUUAACUGACAGCAUUACAACAAAGAUGUUCCUCCCUCUUAACUGUUUUUCUCUCUGUGUUAACUGUAUCAGCCAGUUCCAUGGGUUUUUCUUAAUUUUCCCCUUGUCCUUUCUUUCUCUCUUUCUUUCUUUCUUUCUUUUGUAGGAGAGUACUAUUUGCUGGUAGAGAUCUAGUUCACCUACUGUUUCCCAGUUUGUUUUGUUUUGGGUUCUUUCUAACUUAAGGGAAAAUUGAAAGUGUUUGUUGCCUCUUUGUGCUACUGAUUAUGAAAAGGUAUUUCCAGUAUUUGUUGCCACAGAAGUAUGAUAGCUUAUCAUCAACACUUUUUUUUAAUUUGUAAUUUUUUUGUGCAACUUCUUGAGCUACUGUCUAUAAAGCGAAAAUUUAUUACUAUUUAUGUAACGCUACUACCAUUUUAUAUUGAUUUGUGUUGGAAUCUCAGUGCUUUUCUAUGAAUAAAGUGUGAAACACGUUACAA